ACAAAACUGUAUUGAUCAAUAGCACCCCACAUAAAGCGAAUAUGUUUACUUAUAUUGAAAAUUAAAUGAAGCAACUUUUUUGAGGUUUCGAAAUUCAAAUCAAUAAAUUGAGACUUUUGUAUUUUUUUUGUAAGUGGAGGGCUCCAUAUAUUCUGAAUCUUGUAGGCAUGGUCACACUUGAAUUUUCCACGCCAGAUGGCUACAACAUUUCUAAUGGUCCUAUUUGUCUAUGUGGCAUAGAGUAAGGAAGAGAAAGAGAGACGAAAAAAGACAGCACAGAAAAAGAGUUAGAGGGAAAAAGAGAGAGAGACGGAGAGAGAGAAAGAGUUAGAAACGGCCCCAAUUUUUCUCAGCUAUCCAAAAGCUGAGCUAUGGGAACUCAAGCUCCUAGUGAUCAUCAGAACAAUAAUUACGUUGGCACAAGUGAUAAACUUGAACCUGAUGAUGAACAUACUGUAGAACAGCAAGCAUGUUGAUAGAGAAAAACGAAGAUUGGAAUCUGAUAACCAUCUCUGAUUCUUUUUAUGCUGCAGCAUAAAUAAUGUGAAAAAAAAAAAAAAAGUAUAUAUUAAAGGUAGUUGUUCUACCUUUUUCUACUGUAUUGUGUUUCUUUGGGUCAUUAUAUGAUAGAAAUAGGAGAAAAAGAGAUAAUAAAAUAUUUUAUUAUAUUUUGAAAGCUUCUACACUCUGAUACAUGGGCCUCAUAUCACCUGCUCUGUUUAGAGACUUAGAGCCAACAGUAACAAGCAUGAAACUAGGAAACUAAACCCACUAACACAUAAAACUAGGAACAAACCAAUAACUCGUAGGUACAAUUGACUAGAACAAAUGUUGACUGAAAAAUUAAUUAAUAUCUUAAUAAUCCCUCCCUUCAACUGAAAGAUUUUUCAGUUUAAUACAUAUUUUGGCUUCUUCAAACCGGACCUUCUAAAGUGGAGACUCCAAGCAAUUUUCUGAGCUUGAAAAACGAUGCUAACUUGAGAGGCUUGGUCAUUAUGUCAGCAAUCUUUCACUCUUGCAGAACUUUACAAUUCGUCAGUUGAAAGUUCUUCAAUAUCAUUGGCUUCUUCAAUAGAACAGAAAACAAAAUUAAAUUUUGAUGCCAUUGACCGAAGAAUCUUCUCAACUAUGGUGACAUCCUCCUUCUUGUUGCCGUGAAUUCCCAUCUUGUUGACGAUUGCCAUCUUCCGUGAAAAGAAAUUGGUAACAGAUUCACCCGAUUUCAUUUGUAGUGUUUCAAACUCCGUACGAAGUUUUUGAAGCUGCUGCCUCUUUGCUGUUGCUGAUCCUUGAGACUUUUUCUUCAUAGAGUCCCAAAUGUGCUCGGAGGUAUCUUUGCAAAGGAUUGUCUCUAAUAUUGAACGGCCAAAGGCUUGGAAGAGAUAAUUUUUCGCCUUGAGAUCUUUCAGUCGCUGCCCUUCUAACUCCAUUUUUUACCCAUUUGUCAUUAUUGUGCCGGCUGCAGCUUCUUUAAUUCCAUCAAAAACGCUUGCCAAUACUCCAAUUGUUAUAGUGACCAUCAAAGCAGGGAAUAGCUGGUCGAACAAAGUUAUCGGUGGCCGUUGAAAGUAUUGCUGCUACAAAAAAAAAAAAAAAAAAAAAAAAAAAAAAAAAAAAAAAACACUGCUGCUUGACUUUUCUUAUAUCUCAAGUACUGUCCUUUUUGACUAAAGGAACAAAGCUGCUGCUUGAACUUUUCUUUUUUUUUAUAUCUCACUUAAUUUGCUUUUUGACUUACUUCUCUCUCACUCUUUUAAUCGUAACAAAAAUAAAUAAAUAAACAAGAGAUGAAUUUUCAACUUUGCGCAUAUUAAGACUUUUGAGUGCAUUUAAAUGAAAGGCUUUUGGAUGUUGAUUGGAAAUUUUGAACUCUUCUUUGUUUUGAAUGGAAAGUAAAACAUGCUUACAAAAUAUUGUAUAACAUUCUGUGUAUACAUCAGAAAGCGACUUAUUAUUAUUAUUAUUUAUUGACGAAAGAAACCGACUUAUAUUUGACAACUCACAAGUUGGACAAGUUGAAAAAGAUUUUUAUAUUGGAAUCUUUUUGGCUACGAGGGAUCCACAAAACAUUGAUUAGUUGUAUUCCAAAUAUCACCCUUCGAAUCGUAGGAAUUCCAUCGCACCGGCGAGUGCAACGAUGAUCCCCUACACCCUUAGGACGAAGAAAUCAGGAGGCGGAAGCAAAUUGAAGAUUGGCUUCCAAUUACAUCUUCAAGGAAUGCAAAAUGGUGGUACUCAGCUUUCCACAAUGUUACUGCUAUGGUUGGAGCUGGUGUCCUCGGUCUCCCUUAUGCCAUGUCAGAGCUUGGAUGGGGUCCUGGCGUGGCUGUUCUAGUGCUAUCUUGGAUAAUCACAUUGUACACUCUAUGGCAAAUGGUUGAGAUGCAUGAGAUGGUUCCAGGGAAACGUUUUGAUAGAUACCAUGAACUGGGUCAGUAUGCAUUUGGAGAAAAACUUGGUCUUUACAUUGUGGUGCCUCAACAACUUCUUGUUCAAGUAGGUCUGAACAUUGUCUAUAUGGUUACUGGAGGAGCGUCACUGCAGAAGUUCCAUAAAACUGUGUGCCCAAACUGCAAGAAUAUCAAACUUACUUACUUCAUUAUGAUUUUUGCCUCUGUUCAUUUUGUGCUAUCCCAUUUGCCCAACUUCAACUCCAUCUCUGGUGUCUCUUUGGCUGCUGCAGUAAUGUCCUUCAGUUACUCCACCAUUGCUUGGGGAGCUUCUAUAGAUAAGGGUAUCCAGAAAGAUGUGGAAUAUGGCUACAAAGCCAAGAGUGCUGCAGGAACUGUCUUCAACUUCUUCGGUGCCAUGGGUGAGGUGGCUUGUGCCUAUGCUGGGCACAAUGUGGUCCUUGAGAUCCAAGCAACAAUUCCAUCUACACCAGAGAAGCCAUCCAAGGGUCCAAUGUGGAAAGGAGUCAUUGUUGCCUAUAUAAUUGUUGCUCUGUGCUACUUCCCUGUUGCUCUGAUUGGAUAUUGGAUCUUUGGAAAUAAUGUUGAAGACAAUAUCCUUAUCUCAUUGGAAAAACCAGCAUGGCUUAUCGCAAUGGCUAAUAUGUUCGUUGUCAUUCAUGUUAUUGGCAGCUAUCAGAUUUAUGCAAUGCCAGUGUUUGACAUGAUUGAAUCUGUAUUCAUAAAGAAGUUAAAGUUUCCACCCAGCGCAACGCUCCGUUUCAUUAUACGCAAUGUAUACGUGGCAUUAACGAUGUUCGUAGCCAUUACUUUCCCUUUCUUUGGUGGUCUUCUUUCAUUUUUUGGAGGAUUUGCUUUUGCCCCAUCAACAUACUAUCUCCCUUGCAUCAUUUGGCUUAUUGUCAAAAAACCAAGGAAGUACAGCUUAUCUUGGUGGACGAACUGGAUCUGCAUUGUGGUUGGUAUACUUUUGAUGGUUCUAGCACCUAUUGGAGGGUUGAGACAGAUCAUACUUUCAGCAAAGACCUAUAAGUUUUACUCUUAAACUCAUCUUCACCCAGCUAAACGGGUAGUAAGUACCAGAUAUAAGCAAAAUUAUUUAGCAGAUAAGGAAAAAAAAAAAAAGUAGCUGAUAACGACGAUUACGAAGCAAAUGAUCGAUGAUGAUGUUAAGCCAUAAUCAUAUGCAGGACAAAUUAUUUCAACAGUGUUUGUUCAGUAUUCAUUGACACCACACCUGCAGUUUGUAAAUUCGAUCAUAGCCAACUUUACUGAACUCCAUAUAUGCGUUUUAAAGCUUGUUUUGUUAUA